GUCGGGGGCCCAUGUCACCCACAUGCCGCGCACCUGCCGCAGCUGGGCGCGCAACGCGGACCUCAACCGCCGCUUUCGUCGUCACCGCCAUUCUGGACCCGGGACCCCCGCAAAAGCUGCAACGCAACAAGCCAAAGGGCGACUCUGUGGCUCGGCUGCUAAACAAUUGAUGAAUGCUCCUCCGCGCCUUGACAGAUUUGAAGCUGACAGACGCCAGAGCCGCGCAAAGCGUCAUCACCCUUCCAUCUCUCCUCCUUCCUCUCCACUCCACCGCCGAAUGCGCUUUCCACUUGCUCCACUCGCGUCCCUUCCAGUGGAGGUUCCUUCCUUGUGAUCCCUUCCCCUCCUGCUCUUCUCGGCCCCAUCCAGGUUACUCCCCUCGCUGCUUCUCGCUUCUCGCUGCUAUCGCCGCUCUCUCCUGCUCUCCUGGGAAUCCCCCGCGACGAUUUCUCGCAGCCAAGCCCCUCCUUCGCGUAUCGCUCUUCUCCACCUCCAACCAAAACCCACUCGUCAUUGUGGGUUGCCGUGGGUGCCGCUCGUCGUGUUUUAAACCGCUCGAGAAGAGGAGACACGGAGGAACGGCGUACCCUUAUUACGCUGUUUAUAACCAUCUAAAUAUCCACUCCCAACCCCCCCGCCCUCGGCCAAACCGCUGUCGCUCCUGACAACGCAGGCCCUCGCCUUUUUUGGCCCUGUCUGGUUUGUUCUGGUCUGGCCUUGUGCGGUGGUUGAGACAACACUAGCUUCAGAUUACCCUUGUUGGGACCCGAUCUCGUCGAAUGAGCCGUUCUCGCUGUGGCCGUUGAUCUCUCGGUUGCCCCUGUUAGCCGUUCUCACCUCGGCUCGACCAGUGUCGGGAGAGAGAAGGAAAGAGGGUUGAGAAGCAGAUCGCUUCGUGGACGUUGGAACUGGGCCCCUCACGCGACCUCUCACCUCACGACGACUUUCACCUUUUCGUGCC